ACCGUGCAUCGCACGGAUUUCCAUCUAGUAAUAAAAUAUAUUGAUGAUAUGAUACGAUAUUAGAUUGCUGAUGAUCUAUCUUUUCCUAAUAAACAAAUAAAAUAAUAAUAAAAAUAAAUCAAAUUAAAAAUGAAAAUUAUAGUGGCCCAUGAGCGCACAUCAUCUAGUAGUAAAAAAAUAUAUAAAAAGCCCAUUAAUCAAAUUAAAAAUGAAAAUUAUAGUGGCCCCAUGAGCGCACAUCAUCUAGUAGUAAAAAAAUACAGUAUAUAAAAAGCCCAUAUUUGUUUAUCCAACUCGCUACACUCUCUAUUCAAACCCUAUAUAUAUAUAAAUAUAUACCCACAUUCCACAAUUCCAUAGAUCCUCCUCUCGCUCGCACGGUGUAAACUCCUCUCAAAGGCAAGGCGUGCGAGAUGGGAAGCCAAGCCGAGAGCGGAGGCGGAGGAUCAACAACAACAACAAUGCGUAAUCGAUUUCGAGGUUGCUCAAAGGCUGAUUUCCUACCAGAACAAUCAUUCCAAAGCUGGUCUAAUUACAUGUCAGCCCUUAAGGAGACUCCUGCACGGUUCAUGAACCGGCUUACGACACGGUCCCUGGAUGACACAGAGCUGAAUCAAGUCAAGUCUGAAAGUCUCCAUGAUAUGAAGAAGGCAUUGACAUGGUGGGAUCUUACUUGGUUCGGUAUCGGCGCCGUAAUUGGUGCCGGUAUCUUCGUUCUUACAGGCCAAGAAGCUAAUCAGCAUGCUGGUCCUGCUGUUAUUUUGUCUUUUGCAGUUUCUGGUUUGUCUGCUAUGCUUUCCGUCAUGUGUUACACUGAGUUUGCUGUUGAGAUCCCUGUUGCAGGUGGUUCAUUUGCAUAUUUAAGAGUCGAGUUAGGAGAUUUCAUGGCCUUCAUAGCAGCAGGAAACAUCAUCCUAGAAUACGUCAUUAGCAGCGCGGCAGUUGCACGCUCAUGGACAUCAUACUUCGCCACCCUCUGCAACCACAAACCCGACGAUUUCCGUAUCAUUGCACAUAACUUAAGCCCUGACUACAGCCACCUCGACCCAAUCGCAGUCGUUGUAAUCGGUGUUAUCUGUUUCGUUGCAGUCUACAGCGUUAAAGGCUCUUCCCGUCUAAAUUACAUUUCUUCCAUCGUCCAUGUGUUCAUCAUCGUCUUCAUCAUCAUCGCGGGUCUUACUCACGCCGAUACCAAGAACUUAACCCCCUUUAUUCCCUACGAACCUCGUGGUAUUUUCCAGGCCUCAGCUGUGCUGUUCUUCGCGUAUGUUGGGUUUGAUGCAGUGUCAACGAUGGCUGAGGAGACGAAGAAUCCUGGCAGGGAUAUUCCUAUUGGAUUGGUUGGUUCCAUGGCUAUUGUUACCGUUGCGUACUGCUUGAUGUCUCUUACUCUUUGCCUCAUGCAGCCUUACAAUCAAAUUGAUAAAGAUGCUCCUUUUACAUUAGCCUUUGAGAAGGUAGGAAUGAAUUGGGCGAAGUAUCUUGUAGCAAUUGGUGCUCUAAAAGGAAUGACAACCGUGUUACUAGUCAGUGCAAUAGGCCAAGCUCGUUACUUGACUCACAUAGCGCGAACACACAUGAUGCCUCCAUGGCUAGCUCAGGUGAACGAGAAGACAGGCACUCCAAGAAACGCUACCAUUGUUAUGAUGUUUGCUACUGCUAUUAUUGCAUUAUUUACAAACCUCGACAUCUUGUCUAACCUCCUAUCAAUUUCCACCCUAUUCAUCUUCAUGUUAGUAGCAUUAGCUCUUCUAGUACGAAGGUACUAUGCAAGUGGUAUAACUACACCUAGUGAUCGUAACAAGUUUGUUACUUUCGCUGCUCUCAUUCUUGGCUCUUCAAUCGCGACAGCUGCUUACUGGGGUGCUACACAAACGGGGUGGAUAGUAUACACCAUCACCGGGCCUAUUUGGUUCCUUUCGACGUUGGGACUACAACUCUUUGUUCCACAAGCAAGAAAUCCUAAACUGUGGGGUGUCCCAUUGGUUCCUUGGCUACCAUCUGCGUCGAUUGCUGUCAACAUAUUCCUUCUUGGCUCAAUUGACAAGGACUCUUACAUUAGGUUCGCAAUAUGGACUUGCCUUCUAAUGGUUUAUUAUGUAUUCUUUGGUUUGCAUGCAUCGUAUGAUACCGCGAUUGAGAUGGCAAAGGUAGGUGUGGAAGAGAAUGCCAUGGAAUUAGGUAAAGUUGAAGCAAAGAAGUAUCCUCUUACUCAUGAAGAUUUAGAAGGUCACAGUGGGAACAAUGACGAUAAAAGUUAGUAAUAUAUAGUAUGCUUUUUAGUGUAUAUAAGGGACGAUGAAGGUGAUUGUUUCAUAUUUAUUUCUUUUUAGGUUGUUUGAUUAUGAUGAGAAAAUUUGUGAGUACACAAGUUUGAUUAUUAAUAAAAUUAGGGGGUUGUUAAAAUAUAACUUUCUAAUUAUAGGAUGAUAUUGUAUGUUUGUGGAGAUAGAAGAAAGCAAAGGAACAAAUAAAAGUGUCGGUUGUAUUUUCUACUUCUUCAUUUCAUAGUUCACAAGAUAGUGAACUUAUUUAUAGGCAAAUAUUGCCAUUAAAAUAUUAUACAUGAUUGUACUUUUAGACAAAUUAUUGUCCAUAAUAAAUUCAUGUGAUGAGCUACAA